AUGUCCACCAAUCCGUCGGACGCUCCCGUGCUCCCUCAAGUCGGAUCGUAUGCGUAUCCGCCGAAGCGAAAGCGGGGCGACUUCUGUGACGAUGACGACGGCGACGAGACCAGGGUGAAGUCAUUGAAGCGCGUCGAUCAAAUGCAAGAUCGAUAUUCUGUGCUGCUGCUGGACAUGGCGUCCAUCCAUGACCACGAUGCCACGGUUCUCGGCACCAACAAUCCGGGACUCCUGGAGCCAGUCCCCGAAGGAGACUGGCUGGAUGUUCCAGAAGGGCCGCUUCAAGAUGAUCCCUUCGUCGAGGGAUACUGGUCGGACGAGGAUGAGGACGACCACCAGCAGCAGCACCACCACCACCACCACCACAGCGACAACGACAGCGACGACAAUGAAGACGACUACGACGCCUACGACUACGACUACGACUAUUCGGAUUCGGAUUCGAAUUCGGAUGAUGGCGAGUCCUCCGCCGGCAGCGGAAGCGCGCACGGACACCAGUCCGAGGAGACCAGCUCCUCGGAUACAAUCGUGACGCCGCCGCUCCAGGACGACGUCGUUGGCUCGGUCGAGGAGACCGCCGAGCCUCAUCCGUCAGGCAACACCCUAGGGGUCUACCGCGUGGGAAACCGGUGGGCUUGCCCCAAAUGCCAUCGUACCUACAAGAAGCGAAACGAGGCGAUAAGGCAUCUCGCCACUGUGCACGGCAACAAGGAGUAUCGAUGCCCAGCAUGCGACUGGAGGUUCAAUCGCAAGGACGCAUUCAAACGCCAUUAUGAAGGCGUGACAAUGAGCGCUUGCAAGGACUUCAUGGUCAGCACGCUGCUCCCCACGGAGACUCUGCGGGGCUUCGAUGCCUCUCGCUACUUUAUGCCGAAAGACGCUUGA